UCCAGGCCGAGACUCGGAGGCCCAAGGAAGGUGAGCGAGGAUUCUACUCGGCUCUGUUCGGACGCUCGUCUGGCCGGCGUCCCUGGAGGUGGUGGUUGCGAACCUGGAGGCUGUGGGCAUCAUGGUGGGAGGCUUGAAGAGGAAACACUCGGACUUAGAUGAGGAAGAGGAGGAAAAGAAAUGGGACUGCAGCCCAGCACGCCUUCAGAGCUAUCACCAGGCCUUGCUCCGAAUCUCCUUAGACAAAGUCCAGCAAAGCCUGGGUCCCCGAGCUCCCAGCCUCCGUAGGCAUGUCCUCAUCCACAACACCCUGCAACAGCUCCAGGCUGCCAUUCAUCUGUCCCCAGCUCCGGCCCUACCCCCUGAGCCCCUCUUUCUGGGCGAAGAAGAUUUCUCCCUUUCCACCACCAUUGGCUCCAUCCUCAGGGAGCUGGAGACCUCCAUGGAGACAGAAUCACCUCAGAUUCCAGUGGCUGCCCCAGGCCUUCAAAAUGAAGGGCUGGCCCAGCCUGGGCCAGUCUUCUUAGAAGCUUUGAGCUCUAAGUACCUGGGGGACUCUGGCCUGGAUGAUUUCUUCAUGGACAUUGACACAUCUGGAGUGGAAAAGGAACCUGCACUGGCUGCCCCAGAACCUUCACACAACCUCUUCUGUGCCCCUGGGUCCUGGGAGUGGAAUGAACUAGACCACAUUAUGGAAAUCAUUCUGGGGUCCUAAAACCCAUCCACAAUCCUUCUUCCAGUCAGCCUUGGUGGGCUGGGUCCCUGGAUGUGACUUUGUGUGUAUGUGUGUGUCUAGACUCUGAAAAAGAGACUGUGACCUCCUUUCUUCCUGUUUCAGGGUUCCACAAACUGUCCCGCACGUGUGUAUGUCUGGUUACCGCAGCCUUCUGUGAAGGUGGCUCUUCCUGAAUUAAUUUAUCUGCUCCAGAUGCCUUAACGAGACUCUUGCUUGGAGUCUGCCUUCUCAUGACCACAUUUCGUCCAUGUCCACCUCCCACUCCCCUGGUUGACCACACAGGGGCCUCAGGAAAGAUAAACUGGGCCAGUCCAAGAGUGACAGCACUGUGCAGCCAGCUUGUUCUGAGGGAGGAGGAGAGACUGGUCUCCCCCCAUCAUCUUCCUCCCAGGCUGAACCCCAUUUCCUUGGCAGAACCCCGGUUCCAGCAGCCUGAUUCAUAACCAGGCCGGACCAUGUGCAAUAAUGGAUGGAAACCACAUUAUAUUUAAGAAAGGCAGGGUUUGUGGGUUUGGGGAUUUUUUUUUUUUAUUAUUGUAAUUUUUUUUUUAAAUAAAAGUAUUUUGGAGAGA